GAAGAGAAGGAGCGGAAGGAGAGGGUGGCGAGAGAAAAGAAAGAAAAGAAAGAGAGAGAUCGGAAAGAACGUGAAGAGAGAGAGAGGAAAGAACGAGAAGCAAGAGAACGCCGGGAGAAAGAGGAGAAAGAACGUCGGGAGAGACAUGCGCGAGCUCGGAAGGAACGGGAGAAUAAGAAACGCCAAGAACAGCAGGAGAGUGAACGUAAAGCGAAGGAAGAGAAGGAGAAGAAGGAACGCCAGGCGAAGGAGGAGAAAGAACGUAGGGAACGAGAACGCAAGGAGAGAGAGGAGAAGGAGGAGAUGAAUUGGUGGCAGCAAGAGGAGAACGAGAAGAAGGAGAGAAGUGAGAUGGAAGAGAAACUAAAGAAGAAGAAAGACGAGAUAAAGCAAAAGAAGAAGAAGUUAAGCCAGAAGAAGGUCAACCCGGAUGAUGACAAGUUCAAGGAGUUUAUGGGCUGGCUGACCAACGGCGACAAGAAGGACAUGGGCAAGUCUGGCGCCUUCCUCUGUAGUGAUGAUGACGAUGACUGAAUACCACGAUAACGAUGACGAUGACUGAAUACCACGAUAACGAUGACGACGAUGACUGAAUACCACGAUAACGAUGACGUCUAUGACAAUACCACGACGAUGACGAUGACUAGAUACCACGACAACGAUCACGAUGAUAAGGACGUCUAAACACCACGACGAAGAUGAUGAAUGAAUACCACGACGACUAUGGCGAUGACAAGAACGACUGAAUACCACGACCACCACGACGAGGACGACUAAACACGACGACGACGAGGACGGCUCAAUACCACGACCACCACAACGACGACGAAGAACGCUACACCACGACCACAAGAUGACCGACUCCCAGACCACUAACUAAACAAAUGAACCAUUGAACUAAACGAAAACACUAAACAACCAUCAACACUUUUAGCACCAUUAACUACCAUAACUGAGCACCUAACAACCACUUAUACUGUACGACGCCAUUAAACUAUACUGUAUACCUAAAUUGGCGAGGUUAACGAUCAGUCACCUCUUGAACUACCGAAAGAUCGUCUUGUGCAGUUCACCUCGAUUGGCAUAAAACCUGAGAGGAUUAUUUUUUUUUUUGGAUAAUGGUAGUACAAUCGACGGUAGAGCUGUCGACAAUGACACUUGGGUAUUAGUAAACGACUCUUAACUAGUUAUAUCUAUUGUAAUGAUGAUAGUUGUAACUCUAGAUCACACACAAAAACUCAAUAGAUGUGAAAUAUCUAUUUAACGAACUAUAUUGAUGAAAGUCCGUUAUAUCGAAGUUCCGUUAAAUGUAGAAUCUCCCAGCUAAUGGACUAUAUUUAAAAAAUCGUAAUUGGGAGGAUUUUACUGUAAUACAAUGAAAUAAUGAUGUUAAUAUUUAUAAAUAAUUUGUACUAUUUAAAUUAUAUAUAACAGAAUUCGCCAUUACUUACUAACAUGACUUGAUAAUCGCUGGUGAGUUAGUUUGUGGACUGGCUUAGUUCUAUACGUAAUAGUUAUAGUGUUUAUUGAAUGAGACAGAUAUAUAGCUUUUUAUAUUAACAUAUAUAUAUUGUUAUUAUUGUUACUGUUAAUUAGGAUGGAGAUUUUGUUGUUGUUUAU